AACAUUGGAGGUGCAAGAAGAAACAGUGGUGCAGGAUGUAACUUUUAAAAAUUUGUAAUCUAUCUGAUGGAUCGAAUCGAACAGUAACACUCUUAACCGGCCCUAAGUUUCUGCAUCAUGUCACGGUGGUCAUUUGUUUCCUGCACGUUUACUAUUGAAUCCUGGAUAUCUCAUUGUAUACAGAAAAUGUAAUGGAAGGUGGUUUGGAUUCAAUUACCUCUUCUUUACUUUUUGUUGCUUAGUACCGUACCGGUAUGUCCAAUGUUUGUGUUCGUUUUAUUCUUUGUUUCUCUGUUUAUUCUUUCCAUUCACUUUCUCUGUUUCCACACGCCAUGCUUCGUUCUUCCUUGCUCUACCACUACUCUCAACACCGUGUUGCAGUCUCUUUCAGAGGCUUCUUCUUCUUCAUCCCUACAACCGUAGCUCUCUUCACCUCUCUCUUCAUUCUCUUCUACAUUUACUCCACUUCUAACCUCUUCAGCCAUCACCACCAUUCCAAUUCUCAUUUCAUAUCACCCUCUCCCUUUUCCACCACACCCCUCUUCAUCCCUGUCUUCCACAACAACGCUUCUGACUCCACCAACACCAAGUUUCGGACUUUCCAAUUGGGCCAUGGCCUCAGACCACAAAGUCAACGGGGUCUGCCUCUGCCACUGCAAUUCAGCUCAAAGGGAAAAUUUGAGAUUAACGACGUGUGCCAUGAUAGAGAUAUCUUUCUGGAAGACUAUAAAGAAAUGAAUAGGAGCUUAUAGAUACAUGUUUAUCCUCACAGGGAAGAUGAUUCUUUUGCAAACGUGCUUUUGCCUGUUGAAUCUAAACCUGGUGGCAAUUAUGCCAGUGAAAGUUACUUCAAAAAGGUACCUAUGAAGAGCCAUUUCAUUACAAAAGACCCAACAGAAGCAGAUCUUUUCUUUCUGCCCUUUUCCAUAGCAAGAUUGCGGCACAAUCGUAGAGUUGGUGUGGGAGGUAAACAAGACUUCAUUAGAGACUACAUUCAGAAUAUCAGUCACAAGUAUCCAUAUUGGAACCGCACAGGUGGUGCCGAUCACUUUUAUGUUGCUUGUCAUUCAAUUGGAAGGUCUGCCAUGGACAAAGCACCAGAUGUGAAAUUCAAUGCCAUUCAAGUUGUAUGCUCAUCUAGUUAUUUCCUAACUGGGAAUAUUGCUCAUAAGGAUACAUGCCUACCACAAAUUUGGCCAAGAAAAGGAAAUCCCCCUAUCCUUGUUUCAUCAAAGAGGAAAAGGCUAGCUUUCUUUGCUGGAGGAGUAAAUUCCCCGGUACGUGUAAAGCUUCUCGAGACAUGGAAAAAUGAUUCAGAAAUCUUUGUGCACCAUGGAAGACUUAAAACACCAUAUGCAGAUGAACUGCUAGGAAGCAAGUUCGGCCUUCAUGUUGUAGAGAUUCAAAGCAAAAGAUAAAGUGCAUGUAUAUUGGAAAUUAAAUUUUUAUCACUAAGAUUUAGGUGGCUUAAAUGCAAAGUGAAAGAUUACAUUUUACUAGAUGAAUCUUAGUUGAAUGGAUGCGUUGGAAGUUGUUUUUGUUUCAACUUUCAAGAGAGCUUAUUUAUUAUAGUUAGUAACAAUCUUCACUAUAAAUAGAGAAGAUAAUUAGUGGAGAAAAACAACACAUGAAGAGAAUGUGUAUGAGAAAAGAGAUUGUGAAAUAAAGUCACUUUGUUGAGAGAAAAUAUCUUUGUGUGAGAGUGUUAUCAUUUCUUGUAGCCAUUGAGUGAGGUACUCGGAUUUGUAGAGUGAUGAUACACUAUUUGGGAUGAGUUACAAUUUUGUAAUCAUUUUUGUGAUAGUGAAAUACGAUUUGAGACGGUUCCGUGGACGUAGGCAAGAGGUGUUGAACCAUGUUAAAUUUUUGUGUUUAUUAUUAAUUUGUAAGGUGUAAUCUUUGUUGUGUUCUCACAAUCCUUUGUGGGUGUGAGUAAUUUUAUUUGUGACAGUGUUAAUUAUCAACAGUGGUAUCAAAAAGUUGAUUUCCCAACACAUGUUAAGGGCUUUGAAGUGAACACAACUCGCAUUGGAGUGAUCAUUGCCAACUACUAUGACCUUCCAUUUGCAGAUGUGUUAAACUGGAAGAGCUUUUCAGUUGUUGUCACUACCUUAGACAUUCAGCUUGGAGAAGAUAUGAAGGAGCUUCAACAAUGGUAGCUAAGAGCUUUUUAGUUGUUGUCACUACCUUAGACAUUCAGCUUGGAGAAGAUAUGAAGGAGCUUCAACAAUGGUAGCUUGCCGCGACAUGUGGUGAUGAAGAAGGUUACCAUGCAAGGGAGUUUGGGGAUUGUUGUAGUGGCGACAAAAGGACGAUGUUGUGGUAGUGGUUAGGGAUUAUGAGUGACGACAAUGGUGGUGUUAAGAAAGAUGAUGGAAGUGUUGAGAAGGAUGACAGAGGUGUUUGUGAUGACAAUGAGGGAUUUGUUGGCGUCAAAAGUGUUGUUAGUGAUGACAAAGGUAAAUAUGGUAAAACAUAAAGGGACAAAG